CUUGCGGAUUGUUUAAACUCAGAAACUGUUCUCCUUAAAAAUUAAAAAAAUUGUGCAAAGUGCAUGUGGAAAAUUAUUGCAUGCAUGAAAAAAACAAUCAAAAAAUAAAACAAAAGAGUGACCUUAAACUGGAUCAUAGAUUUCGGAUUAUUUCAAUAAAUAUUUGCGAUCAGUGUCAAUCUCAGCGAGACCCAAUUGCGGUGCAUUAUUUUUUAUUUUGUUUAUAAAUCAUUUGUGCUGAUUAAAAAUAGCAAUGAUGAACGGCGCUAUCAUCUUGAUAACGCUCUUCACAUUCACGCAAGCAGACGUGUCACAUCUGUUUAACAACGAAUUGAAGCAACAUAGUGAUUCAUCCGAUGUCGGAUACGGAUACCAUUACCAAAAGCCAGAUAUUCCUUUUGACUUGCCAACCAAGGCUCCAACCUGCCCCGAUGGCUUUGAAGUAGAUCGUAGCGGAAAUUGCAAGAAAGUUUGCCCAAGCGGUACAACGCUUCAAUCCAAUGGAGAAUGUAAGAGUGAUGGAUAUCAUUAUGACAAGCCUGAUAUUCCAUUCCCUCCGCCAACGAGACCUCCGACAAGACCUCCAACGACAUAUUUACCUCCUGUUACGUGUCAACCGCCGAAACAACAGCAAAAUGGAAGGUGUGUUUGUCCUGUAGGACUUGUUGAAAGAGGAAACGAUUGUGUUUGUCCAGGAGAUUAUCAACUCGUCAAUGGAAGGUGUCAAUGUCCUCAAGGUUUGUCAGAUCUCGGAAAUGGAAGAUGCGGAUGUCAAGGAGAUUAUCAACUUCUCGGAGGAAGAUGUCAAUGUCCUCAAGGUUUGUCAGAUCUCGGAAAUGGAAGAUGCGGAUGUCGAGGAGAUUAUCAACUUCUCGGAGGAAGAUGUCAAUGUCCUCAAGGUUUGUCAGAUCUCGGAAAUGGAAGAUGCGGAUGUCGAGGAGAUUAUCAACUUCUCGGAGGAAGAUGUCAAUGUCCUCAAGGUUUGUCAGAUCUCGGAAAUGGAAGAUGCGGAUGUCAAGGAGAUUAUCAACUUCUCGGAGGAAGAUGUCAAUGUCCUCAAGGUUUGUCAGAUCUCGGAAAUGGAAGAUGCGGAUGUCGAGGAGAUUAUCAACUUGUCAACGGAAGAUGUCAAUGUCCUCAAGGUUUGUCAGAUCUCGGAAAUGGAAGAUGCGGAUGUCAAGGAGAUUAUCAACUUCUCGGAGGAAGAUGUCAAUGUCCUCAAGGUUUGUCAGAUCUCGGAAAUGGAAGAUGCGGAUGUCAAGGAGAUUAUCAACUUCUCGGAGGAAGAUGUCAAUGUCCUCAAGGUUUGUCAGAUCUCGGAAAUGGAAGAUGCGGAUGUCGAGGAGAUUAUCAACUCGUCAAUGGAAGGUGUCAAUGCCCUCCAGGUUUACUUGAUCAAGGAAAUGGCAGAUGCGCUGUUCCAACAACAACUCCGAGACCCACAAGACCUCCGGUGACAUAUUUGCCCCCUGUAACCUGUAAACCUCCAAAGCAACAACAAAAUGGAGUUUGUGUUUGUCCUGCAGGACUUGUUGAAAGAGGAAAUGAUUGUGUUUGUCCAGGAGAUUAUCAACUUCUCGGAGGAAGAUGUCAAUGUCCUCAAGGUUUGUCAGAUCUCGGAAAUGGAAGAUGCGGAUGUCAAGGAGAUUAUCAACUUCUCGGAGGAAGAUGUCAAUGUCCUCAAGGUUUGUCAGAUCUCGGAAAUGGAAGAUGCGGAUGUCAAGGACAAUAUCAACUCGUCAAUGGAAGGUGUCAAUGCCCUCCAGGUUUACUUGAUCAAGGAAAUGGCAGAUGCGCUGUUCCGACAACAACUCCAAGACCUACAAGACCUCCAACAACGUACUUACCUCCCGUAACAUGUGCUCCUGGAUUAGUUUCUCUCGGAAACGGUAGAUGCGGUUGCCAAGAAGGAUAUGAAUUAGUCAAUGGUCGUUGUGUAAAGGAAGAAGGUUACAGUUACCCAAAACCAACGGUUCCAUUUCCUCCACAAACAACUCCGAGACCUGCAUGUGAAGCUGGAAUGAUUCUUCAAGAUAAUGGUCGAUGCGGAUGCCCCCCGGGUAUGCAACUUCAAGGCGGUCGAUGUGUAAAUAGACCUCCAACAACUUAUUUACCUCCUGUUACGACAACUCAGCGCCCUCGAACUACGACAACAAGAAGACAACCUCCGCCAAGCACAUAUCUUCCUCCUGUUACAACUCAACGCCCAACGCCUGCGCCGACAUGUGCUCCGGGACAAAUCAAGCGAGGAAAUCAAUGCAUAACGACAACUCAAAGACCUUCAUGCCCUGAUGGAUUUAGACCAACACAAAAUGGAGGAUGUCAAAAAGUUUGUCCUCCAAAUACAAUUCAACAACCCGAUGGAACUUGUGAACCUGAAGGCGGAUAUCAAUAUCCUGUACCUGAUCAACCACUCACAUAUGCUCCUCCUGUAACGACAAGAAAACCAACUCGUCCUCCAACAACGUAUUUGCCUCCUGUUACGACAACUCGCCCUACAAGACCUCCGACAACGUAUUUGCCUCCGCCAACUUGUCGACCUCCGAAAAAACCACAAAACGGAAGGUGUGUUUGUCCCGCAGGUCUUGUCGAUUUAGGCAACGAUUGCGGAUGCACAGGAGAAUAUCAACUUAUAAACGGAAAAUGUCAAUGUAGAACAGGCUUAACAGAUUUAGGAAAUGGUCAAUGCGGAUGUCAAGGACAAUAUCAACUCAUUAAUGGUAGAUGUCAAUGUCCUCAAGGUUUGUCAGAUCUCGGAAAUGGAAGAUGCGGAUGUCAAGGAGAUUAUCAACUUCUCGGAGGAAGAUGUCAAUGUCCUCAAGGUUUGUCAGAUCUCGGAAAUGGAAGAUGCGGAUGUCAAGGAGAUUAUCAACUUCUCGGAGGAAGAUGUCAAUGUCCUCAAGGUUUGUCAGAUCUCGGAAAUGGAAGAUGCGGAUGUCGAGGAGAUUAUCAACUCGUCAAUGGAAGAUGUCAAUGUCCUCAAGGUUUGUCAGAUCUCGGAAAUGGAAGAUGCGGAUGUCAAGGAGAUUAUCAACUUCUCGGAGGAAGAUGUCAAUGUCCUCAAGGUUUGUCAGAUCUCGGAAAUGGAAGAUGCGGAUGUCAAGGACAAUAUCAACUCGUCAAUGGAAGGUGUCAAUGUCCUCCAGGUUUACUUGAUCAAGGAAAUGGCAGAUGCGCUGUUCCAACUACAACUCCGAGACCUACAAGACCUCCAACAACGUACUUACCUCCCGUAACAUGUGCACCUGGAUUAGUUUCUCUCGGAAACGGUAGAUGCGGAUGCCCUCAAGGUCAACAACUUACUUCUAAUGGAAGAUGUCAAAAAGUUUGCCCUCCAGGAACAAAAUUAACUGCAAACGGUGAAUGUCAAAAACAAUGCCCAUCUGGCACAGAAUUACAACCUGAUGGUUCAUGUCAAAAAGACGAAGGAUAUGCUUAUCCCGUUCCUGAAGAUCCAUUAGUUUAUCCAACUCCUUCUCCUGCUACAAGACCUCCAACCACAUAUUUACCCCCUCGACCAAAACCAACAUAUUUGCCUCCUCCAACAUGUAGACCUCCGAAAUCUCCUCAAAACGGAAGAUGUGUUUGCCCCGCUGGUCUUGUCGAUUUAGGCGACGAUUGCGGAUGCACAGGAGAAUAUCAACUUAUAAACGGAAAAUGUCAAUGUAGAACAGGCUUGACAGAUUUAGGCAAUGGUCAAUGCGGAUGUCAAGGACAAUAUCAACUCAUUAAUGGUAGAUGUCAAUGUCCUCAAGGUUUGUCAGAUCUCGGAAAUGGAAGAUGCGGAUGUCGAGGAGAUUAUCAACUUCUCGGAGGAAGAUGUCAAUGUCCUCAAGGUUUGUCAGAUCUCGGAAAUGGAAGAUGCGGAUGUCGAGGAGAUUAUCAACUUCUCGGAGGAAGAUGUCAAUGUCCUCAAGGUUUGUCAGAUCUCGGAAAUGGAAGAUGCGGAUGUUUAGGAGAUUAUCAACUUCUCGGAGGAAGAUGUCAAUGUCCUCAAGGUUUGUCUGAUCUCGGAAAUGGAAGAUGCGGAUGUCAAGGAGAUUAUCAACUUCUCGGAGGAAGAUGUCAAUGUCCUCAAGGUUUGUCAGAUCUCGGAAAUGGAAGAUGCGGAUGUCGAGGAGAUUAUCAACUUCUCGGAGGAAGAUGUCAAUGUCCUCAGAUCUUGGAAAUGGAAGAUGCGGAUGUCAAGGAGAUUAUCAACUUCUCGGAGGAAGAUGUCAAUGUCCUCAAGGUUUGUCAGAUCUCGGAAAUGGAAGAUGCGGAUGUCGAGGAGAUUAUCAACUUCUCGGAGGAAGAUGUCAAUGUCCUCAAGGUUUGUCAGAUCUCGGAAAUGGAAGAUGCGGAUGUCAAGGAGAUUAUCAACUUCUCGGAGGAAGAUGUCAAUGUCCUCAAGGUUUGUCAGAUCUCGGAAAUGGAAGAUGCGGAUGUCGAGGAGAUUAUCAACUUCUCGGAGGAAGAUGUCAAUGUCCUCCAGGUUUACUUGAUCUUGGAAAUGGCAGAUGCACUGUGCCACCAACAACUCCGAAACCUACAAAACCUCCAACGACGUACUUACCUCCCAUGCGGAUGCCCUCAAGGUACAACUUUGCAAAACAACAGAUGCAUCAAAGACGAAGGCUAUUCGUAUCCUGUACCCGAAAAUCCCUUAACUGUUCCGCCUCGUCCCGUUUACACAACUACUCCUUUCACAACAACACGCAGACCCGUAACACAAGUGCCCGUAACUUAUUUGCCGCCUGUUACGGAAAAACCAUCGGGAUAUUACUACCCUAAGCCUGCCAUACCUUUUACAUUUUAA